AUGGGGCGAUCAUACUCUGUUUUCAUAGCUGCAUUGGCGGCGAUGGGCUCAUUUCUGUUCGGAUAUGAUAGUGGUGUCAUGACCGACGUGAUUGACUCUACAAAUUUCCUGCAAUCCUUUCAUACGACGCAGACUUCAGCAAUCAUCGGUGCUAUCAAUAGUACCUAUUCGGGUGGUGCCAUGAUCGGUGCCUUUCAGGGUGGUUACACCGUGGACCGGUUCGGCCGCAAAAUCACUAUCCAGAUGGGUGCUUUGAUCUGCCUCGUCGGCGCAACGCUUCAGGCGGCGGCUCAGAAUUUACCCAUGAUCCUUGUUGGUCGGAUCUUGGCGGGUUGGGGUGUCGGGAUCAUGUCCAUGGCGGUCCCGGUCUACCAAGCCGAAUUUGCGCAUCCCCGCUCCCGGGGCUUGAUUGUGGGGUUGUCGCAGCAGAUGAUUGGUAUUGGGUUUAUUGUUAGCACAACCAACAUUUUGGUCGAAGCUAACCGGAAUGUUAGAUGGGUAGGAUACGGUUCUCUCCGUGCGCCAAACUCCAGUCAACUCCAAUGGCGGUUGCCUCUAGCCUUCCAGGUUAUACCAGCGCUUAUUCUCGUUAUCGGCAUGACCUUUGUACCUGAGUCUCCGCGAUUCCUCAUCGAGAAAGGUCGCCACACAGAGGCAAUGUGCGUGCUCCGAAAGUUGCAUUCCGAUGGAACGAAUGACGAGUGGAUUGAAGCCGAGUUCAACAAUAUAUGUCAAGCCCAUGAAUCUGGGAAGUCGGCUGUAGCCCCUGGUUGGGUGUCGAUGUUCACUGUUCCAAAGUGGCGGACUCGUAUGCUCCAUGGCCUUGCAGUCCAGGUGUUCACCCAAAUGACUGGUGUUAACGUGAUCACGUAUUACCAGACAAUCAUGUACAAAGCCCUGGGGAUUACGGGUGGUCGCGACACCCUCAUCGCAGGGGUUUACAACUGUGUCGGCCCGCUUGCUAACCUUAUUUUCGUGGUGUUUUUCCUCGACCGAGUCGGACGCCGGAAGCCCCUGCUAUUCGGCACAGUAGCGAUUUCCAUAGCGCUCGCGUGUGAGGCCAUUCUCGCCUGGAAGAACCCCAACGGCGAACGAAUCGGAUAUAGCAUCGGUGGAGUGUUUUUCAUUUUUGCCGUAUCGGUUGCCUUCUCGGUCUCGUUUGGGCCGUGUAGCUGGGUGUAUAUGGCCGAGGUCAUGCCCAUGCAAAUCCGCGGCAAGGGCAAUGCAUUUUCAGUGGGGAUUGGGAACUGGGCGGUCAGUACCGUGUGGAAUCAGGUCUCACCAACUGCUCUUGGACAGAUCCAGUGGAGGUUUUAUUUUGUAUUUGUGGCAUGGAAUCUCUGCGUCACAUUUCCGAUCAUUUAUUUCUUUUUUCUGGAGACCAAGCAGAAGACACUUGAGGAGAUAGAUGAUCUUUUUGAUCGGUCGGAUCGGAUACCUGCAGUGAUUCCGGUAGAGUCAGAAAAGGUAGUAUUGUCGAAUGUUGAACAUGCUCUUUGA